AUAUCAGUCCAAAACAAACCGUGACUGCUCGCGGACCACUCAGCAGCUCACCGUACAGUUCACCAUUUUUAUUUCAGCUUAGCCGAUCUUUUGCAUUUUAACCGAAAAUGUUGAGUAUUGCUCAGCUUAUCCAGGCAGCUGAAUUUCUGGAGCGGAGGGAAAGAGAAGCAGAGCAUGGAUAUGCUUCCACUUUGCCAAUGCCAGAUGAAAGUAAGAGAAAUAGAAGCAAGCCAAAGAAGUCUCAGGGAAAUAGAUCAACACAUAACGAACUGGAAAAAAAUAGGAGGGCACAUUUGAGAAAUUGCCUGGAAAAAUUAAAAGAUAUGGUGCCAUUAGGUAGAGAGAGCUCAAGGCAUACAACUUUGGGUUUGUUGACUGAAGCGAAAUCUUUUAUCAAGAACCUAGAAGAAAAAGAACGAAAGCAGGCAUUUGCUAAAGAAGACCUUAAAAGGGAACAUCGCUACCUCCAGAGAAAACUAGAAAGAUUAUCUCAAGGCCAAUAUAGAACACAGGAACGCAGCAUUAGUGAAUGUAGUACCUCAACUAAUUCCAAUUCCGCAUCUGAAUCUGAUGAAGUCGACAUCAUUGGAUUCAACAGUGCUCACAGUGAUACAGAUGACCACAGCAGCAUUCAGAGUGUGGGAAGUGAUGGUGGUUGUUCUGUAGAUACAAAAAGGCUGUCUUUCGUUACAAUCCCUGCCUCACUUUGAUAGACCAGGAAACCAUGCCCUAAUUGAGGAAGCAUAAUUUCUUCAUUCAAAAGAAAUGUAGGAUCUGGUUUGCACAUUAUAUGCAAAUUAUAUGCAGCCUGUGAAUUAGUAUUGCAACGAGUUGCAUUGUUGACUGUUCUUGGAGGAAUGCAGAUCAACUAUAGAGAACUGAAAUUGAUGUCCAAGGGCCAUUUUGAAUUCCUCUUGUUUCUCUCUUGAAGUAUAUGUACAUUGUCCAGGCUUGGUUGGGUGACCCCUAAAAAUAUGGCCUUCAAUAUGUGCAGUUAUAGAGGAGCAAGAGAGAUAAAUUGCAACAAGAACUGUGGAUCAUUUACAAGGAGUCCAAAUUCUUAAAGGCAGCCAGGAGAUGAUGGAACACAAAGCAUGCCAUGGCGAUGAACACCAGUUAAAUGAAAUACUCAGUAACUCAGCAACCUGACUGGAAUGUAGAUGACUUCUGUUCUAUCCUCUGUUGGUUACCUGGAUAACGUAACCAUGCACAUUUCCAUAUUCCUUUGCUUUGUUAACAAAAUCAGUUUGACUUUGAAAUCUGUGAUUUAUGCUAGCCCAAACUUCAACAACAACAACAACAAAAAGAAAAAAACCCAAAAAAACAACAACAACAUAUAUUCUAAUAACUCAUAUGAAAAACUCAGAAAGAAAUGUUACCCUUAGACUGUUGAACAUAGCAUGCUGAAACACUGAAAUCGCACAAUGAUGUUGAGAACAUGUUAAUUAUGUUAAGAGUGGAUAAGUAUAAGCUCAAGGAAGAGGCGUAUUUACUUACAUGCUCAACUGGCCUUAACUGUGGAAGAUGGGUAAGGGACUUACGGGCUUGAACAUAAUUUUGGAGUUCAGAGUUCUGAGUAAUAGAUGAGAAUUCUCAGGCUUGUGCACAGUGAGUGUUGAAACCUAAAUCAGUUCUGCAUUGGUGCCAAAGGUUGUAUUUAGUUUCCUUAAUGUAGAAUUUUAUUAUCUUUACGGAAGCUUUCAUUUGAAGAACAGCUGCAUAUAUAUGUGUGUAGAAAAAAGACAUUUUGAACAAUGUGAAAAUGUCUCAUGCAAAGAUCCUUGAGGCAUAUUGUCUUGACUCAAAAAAGUCUUACCAAUAAUUGCAAAAAGAAUUCAGCUUUAAAUUUAAUGAAUGGUGUCUGUAGGCUUAAGGAAAGAAAAACUUAACACUACUGUGUUGAUGUUAAUUUCUUGAUGCAGAUCUGUUUAAGUCCAAGGAAAUCAAGCCCUUUCAAAAUCAAAGUGUGCCGUAAAUGGAGAUACAGGACAUCAGUCUGAUUGCUGUAUAUUUAUAGGAUAUGUCAGCCUUUACCUCUUGUGGCAUUAACAUGUAACUUGCAAAAGGUUAGCCUUGAUUGGCUGAAAAUGUCUUGCCAGUGUAAGGUUUCUUGCCUUUGUAAACCUACUGACUGACAGGCCAGUAUGGAUGGUAAUUCAGAAAGUGCGUGUUACAUUUUAAAAAGUUUAAACCAUACAUAUGGUGAACAAUACAGAGACCAGUCCGAAAAUGUGCUUUCUCGGUGAGCAGUGUACAUUCAAAAAGGUUUUUAUGUACACAACUGCUGAACAAAAUUAUAAAAACAUAUUAAACAUGCUGUGAUAUUGAAACUAUAUGGGGGCAGCUACACAUGUACUGGCCAGUGCUGGGUGCUGGGAUAGAGCAUGGUGGUUGCUUACACCACAUACAUCUACUGGUGUGCUUGAGAUUGUAAUGGCGUGAUGCUCUCUUCUGUUCCUGGUGAGUACAUAGAUUGCAUUUAUGUGUGCGCUUGUUCUUCCUGCCCGAAAUCCUGACUGAUCUGUUGGGUCAUUUUAUCUCGAGGGUCCCAGAUACAUUAUAUACUACAGUUCAGGGCGUUCAUCCAACAUAUAAUGUAUCUUGUUCAUUUUGUCUUGUUCAGAAAGGGUAAACUUACAAGUGCACAGAUCAGUUUGCAAGGCGGCCAAGUAUGCAGUUUUUUAGUUGUGUUGUCAGCGUAAGUCUUAUGUGGGAACCUGAUGCUGAAGAUCAGCUAUAUGGACCAUUUGUAAUUAUUUCCCCUUAAGUUCCACGACUACAUGAUUUAUAAGGAGAAAAUUGAUCUCAAUGAAAUAUCAUCCUUAUUUUAUAGGUUCUGUGCAAUUCUUACAAUUUAGCACCCCAGUGCCCUCUUUUUUUUUUUGUUUAUUCUUUCUGUCAGUGGAAGUGGUGACGUUUUCAAUGCGACUGUAGUUGGAAACAUUCACUUACGAGGGGUGUGCACCAUUUUAGACUGCAACUGGUCAUGAAGAAAAGACUAAAUAUCAAAUCCUGCCACGAUUUUAAAUACUGUGGUGUUGAUGGUACGACUAUUUAGAGAUUUUUAGGCUGUGUCUCGGACAAGUGCUAAAAAUUUUAAUAUAAAAGGUACAGUUUUAUUGUUAUUAAUAAUAUAUAUAUAUAUAUCUAUAUAAAAUAUGUAUUUUAGCUGUAGGGGGUAUGUGAACAAUUUCCCAAGUUAUACAUUCAGUGUUUGAGUGUUCAGGAAUAAAAUUCAGUAUUUUAAACUUAGAUGUCCAGUACACAUUAACCUUCCCCCAUAUGUCCGUUAUGGUUAAGUACUCUUAUCAUCUAGAUUUCAGAAACAAAGAAAAAAACAUUGUUAAUGGUAGGAAACCAUCGGGUUAGAUGGAAUAUACCAGGUUGAAAAUAAUUGUGAACUUGGCAAGUUUUAUCUUGGCCUCGUGGAAGCGGACAGAAAUUCAGUUGCAUGUGUAAUUACGGGUUUGUACCAAUGUGCUUUCUCUCCUGCCAUAAAUUGAUACGAUCCGAGUCAGGGAUUCAUGGUGCUAUGCCUAUCGUUUUGUGAUGUGGACGCUUCAACUGGAAGUAACCUUUACCAAAAUAGGCUGGACAAUCCUCUGAUACUGGAAAGAGCACACAG